AUCAAAGACAAAACUCUUCCCUCUUCCGACAAAAACAUGAUGAUCGGAGAAACUCGCCUGUCCUACCCAACGGUGGAGAUUCCCACAUGGGAAGAUCUCACACCGUCGAUGAACAGCCCGGACUACACCGUCCUCGAAGCCUUAGCUGCGUUGCAGCGUUACGAACCGGAUCCGGAUUCCGACCCGGAACUAUUCGGGUCGGACGCUUACUCAUGCGAUCACUUCCGCAUGUACGACUUCAAAGUCAGGAGGUGCGCGCGUGGCCGUAGCCACGACUGGACGGAGUGUCCGUACGCUCAUCCCGGAGAAAAGGCUCGCCGGAGAGAUCCGGCGAGGUAUAAAUACUCCGGGACGGCGUGCCCGGAGUUUCGGAAAGGAGGAGGGUGCAAGAGAGGAGACUCGUGCGAGUUCGCUCAUGGGGUUUUCGAGUGUUGGCUUCAUCCUUCUCGUUACCGGACUCAGCCGUGUAAAGACGGUGGUGGCUGUCGCCGGAGAGUUUGUUUCUUUGCUCACUCGCCGGAUCAGCUUAGGUUUGUUAGUAACCGGAGCCCCGACCGGGUUGAUUCGUUUGACAUAUCGUCUCCGGUUCGUAGAGCGUUUCAGCUCUCGGUUUCGCCGGUUUCUGAGCCGGUGAGUCCGAGAGCUGACUCGGAACUGAGUCGCUCACUCGGGUGUAACUAUGUGAACGACGUCGUGUCGUCGUUUAGGAAGUUACAGUUUGAGAAUGUGAAGUCGUUUCCUUCUUAUAAUAAUCCGUUACGAUGCUACCAAGCGGGAUUCGGGUCGCCGAGAGGAUCCAUGUUGGGUUAUGGGUUUCAGAGUCUUCCUACAACCCCGAUCCGACCCGGAAAUAUGGAUAUUUGGGAGGAAGAGCCCGCAAUGGAGCGGGUCGUGGAGUCGGGUAGGGAGUAACGUGCAAAGAUGUUUGAGAAACUGAGCAAGGAGAAUUGCAUGGAACGUAUUGAACCGGAUUCGGGUGAAGGUCCUGAUGUCGGGUGGGUAUCUGAGCUGGUGAUGUAGGAAAGAUCCGACCCGUACCUAGAUAUCAAAGUCUCAUUGAUAAGGCAGUACAAUCAAUAUCGGCUUUUUUGGGAUCUCUUCUAAGGAAAAGAGGAGGAGAUCUAGAAGUGUGUUCAUAUUAUUAUUUACUAAUUUCGUAUUUAUCCUAUGGUAAUAAUAAUUAAAUGUGGAUUUUUGUGGAGGAUUUUUUCUAAGAAGACUUUGUAAUCUCGUUGUAUAGAAAUGGCUUAGGGUUUUAAUUAUGGAACAUUAAUAUAUAUUGUUAUAAUAUUUUCGUCUUUAUAAUGUUAAAUGUAACAUAUUUGUUACUAUUAUUCAGUGAAUGAAUGCUAAUUAUC